CGUAACAUGCUUCAGAGCAUUCCGGGUGCCUCUUUCAAAACGUCAUCUUAAGUGAUCGUUUAUUCACGAAAAUAAUUUCUGUAAAUACGGUUCACCACCGACUAAAGGUGGUGAUGAGAAGAAACCAUUUGCAGUAAUGGCAUCAGCAUUGGAGCUAUUUGUAAAUAAUGUGCGGACACUCUCAAAACAAGGUAACUUUAGGGAGCUAUCCGAAAUAAUAAGUAAAAGUACAGAUGUUCUAAUAAAAAAUGGACAACACUUAGAUAAUGUUUUGGAAACCUUAAAUUUGCAAGAACAUUCAUUAGGUAUUUUGGCAGUACUAUGUGUAAAAUUUUCACUGCCUAAUCCUAAUGGUGCAAACAAUGCUGAUGCUUAUAAACCACUAUUUAGUCAGGUUCAGGAAUUUAUUAUUGGUUGUAAUGGAGAACAAGUUAGAUUUGCUUCUGAUAUAUAUGCGGAAUUAUGUCAUUUAUUUACCCAAACAUUGGUUGAAUUACAAAUACCAUUGCGUGGUAUUGAACUUUUAUGCCGUGCAAUACGUAAAAUACAAUUAUUUGAUAGUCAGCUUACUUCAAUACAUGCAGAUCUUUGUCAACUAUGUCUUCUUUCUAAGUGUUUUAAGCCAGCACUUGAAUUUCUUGAUAUAGAUGUUACUGGUAUCAAUCAAGAAGAAGGACAAUUUGAUUCAAAAUACUUUUUACUUUAUUAUUAUUAUGGUGGUAUGAUAUAUACAGCAUUAAAAAAUUAUGACAGAGCAUUAUAUUUUUUCGAAGUAUGUGUAACAACACCUGCCAUGGCAGUUAGUUACAUUAUGUUAGAGGCCUACAAAAAAUAUAUUUUGGUCUCUUUAAUACUGCAUGGAAAAGUUUUAAAUUUACCUAGGUACACAAGUCAAGUGGUUAAUAGGUACAUGAAACCAUUGGGUCAACAAUAUCAAGAAUUAGCUACAGCUUAUCAAAUGAAUAGUUGUGAAGAGGUGCAAAAUAUUAUUACUAAGUAUCAACAAUUAUUUACAAGAGACCAUAAUAUGGGAUUGGUAAAACAAGUGCUGAGCUAUUUAUAUAAAAAGAACAUUCAAAGGUUGACAAAAACUUUUUUAACUCUUAGCUUAAGUGAUGUGGCUAGCAGAGUUCAAUUGUCUGGACCUGCUGAUGCAGAAAAAUAUAUAUUAAACAUGAUAGAAGAUGGUGAGAUUUUUGCAACAAUCAAUCAAAAAGAUGGUAUGGUAGUAUUUCAUGAUGAUCCAGAAAAAUACAAUUCGCCACAAAUGUUGGCAAAACUAGAAAAAGAAAUGGCAGCAUGUAUGGAAUUGGAUAAACGAGUUCUUGAAAUGGAGGAAGAAGUUGUUCUUACACCUCAAUAUGUUCGAAAAGCUUGUGGACAAAAUGAUCAAGAUGAUCAAACAGCUGGUCCUGCUCCAACAAAUGUAACAAAUGUGCAAGGUCAAUCUAAACAUAGCAACUAUUCCAUGUAACAUAUACACGUCGUUGUGCGUUACCUUUAUUAAAAAAAAAAGAAAAAAUGAAGCAAAUCUUGUUGAAAGCAAGGACUUGAACAUUUAGAAGCCUGUUUUGGAUGAAGAUGGAUGUCCGAAAUUUGGCUAAACAUAAUCUAUUUUGUACAAAACAAAAAAAAAAUAUUACUAUUUGUCAUUAUAUGGAAUUAUAAGCUAUUGAAGUAGUAAAAGUAACAAAAGAUAUGAAAAAUUAUAAAAUGUCCUUUUUAUAAUAAAUCAUAUAAGUACCCUUUCUGGAUCUGUCUAAAACUGAAGGCUGAUUGAUAUAUUGUAAGUUAUAAAGUGUGUCUGUGAAGGAGUUACCAAUUCAAAUAUAUUUUAUUUUCUAAGCCUUAUACAAUUAAUUUUUGUACAAAAUAUACUAUGCAUAUGAAACAAAA